UAUAGUUCCCAUUAGCAAAACCAAUCAAAUAUAUUUUUUAUUUCGUUCUUUAAUAAAGUUAACUAUCUAUUGUCACCGACCAUUACGAGUAAAAUGGGUCAAUUUGACACCGAUGAUUAUAGAUAAAGUGUUACGUUUGAUAUCCAAACCAUUAAUGCACACAAAAACCAAAACUUCAACCAAUUUAGCCUAUUUAAACGUGCACAAAUAUAAUAUUAUACCAUAUCAUAGCCAUGAAGGGCUUAAAUUCAUUUGUGCUUCUGCUGAUUUCGGCUCAAUUUUAUUCGGAGGCUGACGGCUAUAGCCAUCGACACCCGGGCUUUGCCCAACGCUUGCAGAUCAAGCCAGGCUGCUGGCAGGUGCCUCAGAUAUACACCGAAGCUCCAACUCCAACGCCGACCAUAGUCUUUUCCUCGUUGGAAGACGUAGGGAUAGAGGGCAUCAGGAGAGCAGAAGUAGAUUAAACAUCAUUCAGAGUAAAUUCCCUCAAGUCUGGAUUCAUUUUCUGGGACUGCUGGUCGUGUUUCUUUUCGCUACCCUGACUCCAGGAGGUGCUUCCCCCUUCGACGAGAGACGCCACAGAGGAUGGAAUCC